AUGAGCAGUACAAAUCGUGCCUUUCGAAUGAAAUAAAUGUAGAGUCCAAGAUUGUUUUCUGAUCACCCACUUAAAACAUUACCUGAUGAAAGAACAACUACAGUUUUCAAUCAAUCUCGAAAAAUGGAAUCACAAUCUAGUUAUGAUAAUGUUAACAAUAUUCACUUAUGAAAAAGGCUAUUGAAAAUAGACUAUACCACAUUGAAUAAUUAGCUGAAUCAUUGAAGUCUAACACUUCAAUAGAAUAGACUAGAAUUAUGAGUAGUUUACAAGAGAUAGCCAAAACACUUAAAAGUAUUUCCAAAACUGAGAUUGAAUUAAAUUAAAAGAACAAAUAACUUGAUCAUGUUACUAUGGAAAGUGUAAUGUAAAAAUAAACAAUACAAAAAUUAAAAGACUAAUAAGUAUAUUAAUAGGGAAUGUAUAUUUAGAAUCAUUAUAAAGUGGACAAUGAGGGAUAUUUAAAACAGUUAAGUCUCUCUUAAUAAGAUUAACAUAAAUUAUGUAGAGAUUUAUUGCAAUAGAAAAAAGUAGUAGAAGAAUAGUAUAAAAAAAUUAAGUUCUUAGAGAAAAGGAUAGAAAUGAUGUUGGAGAAAAAUCUAUAUGUAAAAAUUGUUAUAUAUAUUAUACAAUAGUCUCACUCUGAAGAACUAAGAAAUACAUUGUCAGAAUUAAUCAGAGAUAAUGAAUAACUCAAACGGGAUUUAGUUAAAAAAGAAAAAGAAAAUGAAAGACUUAAAGAUUUAAAUUCUAAAUUACUAUAAUAAAAUAAUAGAUUAACAAAAAAAUUAGAUUCCUUAAAAACUAAGAAAGUAGGAGUAAAAGAAACUAUAACUGAAAAUUAAUAGAUAUCUAAUUAUGCUUUUAAUCCAAAUUCAUUACCAAGUAAUUUAGAAUUUCGAUUGAAUGAUCUUGAUAAUGAUGAUUGUGAUUUUUUAUUAGAUUUAAUUGAACAUGGACCAGAAGUAUUUACAAAUUAAGUUGUUACACUUGAUUCUAUACAACAAAAAAAGGAUCUCAUUAAUUUAGUGGCAUGUAUGUAUCUCUCUUUUAUUUAAUUAAAUAGCUUAAUUUAUAAGUGCAAGAGAUUUCUCUGAAAAAAUAAAUUAAAUUAUGAAUGAAUUUAUAACAAUGAUUAGUUAUAAAAGUAUACAAGAUUUUUAAAUUCAUGUAAGUAAAGCAUUUCGAUCUAUUUUUGGAACUGAAAUAGUACAUUUAUGGAUAAUUGAUGGAAUGACAUGUAGAGCAUAAACUUAUGAUUGUAAUGGUGUUUAACAUGUUGCCUUAUUAACUGAUGGAGUUUUUAGUUAAUUAGUAUUUGAAGAUUAUGGUAUAAGAAGUCCAUCAAAAAAAUAAGAAUUACUUUAUAUAACAGAGAAUAAUGAAGUCUUUGGUAAAAACUUUCUUUUACUUCCUAUUAUGGGAAAUAGUUUUAAACCUUGUGGAAUAUUAGAAGUAUUCUACAAUAAUAUUCAUAGAUUCAAAAUAUCUAAGAAAAUUUAUUUUUAGAUUCAUAAUAUUAUGGAUUAUUAAUUAAUAUGUUAAGUAAAUCAGUUGUUUAGAGUAUUUUGGAUUUUGAAGCUUUAAUUAAAGAACUUAAUUAUAGAGAUCUCUUUUAUAGAUGUUUCAAUAGGUUGAUUUAAUGUAAGGAUAAAGAACAUUUUUGUACAGCAUUAUAAGAAUCUGCUAUGUAAAUUUUUCAAAUUGCUUAAACUAAAUUAUUAUUUAUUGAAAAUAAUUAAUUUUGGAUUUAAGGUAGAAUUUAUCAAUUAUAAGCUGGAUGUGCUUAUUAAAUUUAUUUAAAAGGUAAACCUCAAAUAUUUACUUAAAUUACAAGAUAAGAUCAUUUUGAUGAAAAUACAGAUAUAUCUUCAAUAUUACCUGUUUUUAUUGCACCAAUUUAUUUGAAUGAACAAAUUAAAGCCAUUUUAUAAUUUAUAUUAAAAAAGAAAUAAAUGAUUGAUAAACAUCCAUUUGGAAAUUAGGCAAAUAUUGGAUUUAGAUUAGAUACAAUUGAUUAAGAUGCUUAAAAAUUUUAUGAAAUAGUAUAGAAUGCUUUUUAGAUUGUAUUUAGAUGA